GGGGAUAGCUCAGUUGGGAGAGCGUCAGACUGAAGAUCUGAAGGUCGCGUGUUCGAUCCACGCUCACCGCAUAAUAUAUUUUUUUCUUCUAAUUACGUAAAAACGCCAAAACUUUAAACCAUCCGGUAUUUGGGCUGAGAGAGUUGGGCUUCGACUCCCUCAACCCACAACCUUCUUCCCCAGCCCAACACGCACACGGUUCAGCCCAAAUCAUCCAAUCCAAACGACUAUGCCUCACCACGCUAACCAACCGGCGUCUAGGAUAACUUGCGAAGUAAUUAAUCAACGCACACACACGUCCUUCUCCUCUUCUAAUUCUGUUUCCUAGCAGUCCACAUACUUCCCUCUCUCUGUUUUUUAUCUUCCCACCUUCGCCGCAUCCCACUAAUUGCGGUAUCUUUCAACAACAACAACAACAACAGCCAGACGACUCCUGCGCCUGCUGACGAACGGUCUCUCGUCAUCGAAUCGAUUCAAGAGCUCUCCGUAAUGUUGCGGCUGGAGGUUUCAUGGGAUAGAAGGAAGCAGAGCGGCCAGGUUGAUUUCAACGCUGGCUUUACCGCUCCGCCUGCACACCUCGCAAUCCUCUGCCUCGCCUCCGCCGUGUCCGGCCUCGCCGCCGCCCUCCUCGCCGGGAGAAGGCUGCUGUGGGCGGUGGAGCUCACGAUUUUAUCCGAUGUUGGGAACAUGCUCGCCCUCUCCGCUUUGCUCCCCAUCCUAACCAAAAAGGUGAAGGAGAGCAAGUUAUCGCUGACGUCCACGGCGGAGAGCUACAAAGUGAGCUUGGUGGCGCCGGACGUGGCGUGGCAGUCCGUUGCGCUGUUGUCGGCGAUGACAUUGGGAGCGGCGUGGAACGCCGCGAUCGUGUACGGAGCGAGCUCGUCGUUGGCUCUGCUGCACUCGGUCGCGUCGUUGAGAUCGUUCGUUGCCAUGGUUCGGUUGGGGCUUCCUCAAUCGGUUGCCGAUUCCAAGGCUUCCAAUCUCGUCUCCUGCCUUGUGGGUCUUCACUUGACUCAGAUGAUCGGUGAGAACUUUUUGGGAACAGCCGUGGUUGAACAUGAUGAAGAGGAUGCUUGUGGUGAGACAGAGAGUUCAAUCACUGAACAAAGCAGCGCGAAAUAUUUGACUGAAGAUAAAAUGAUGAGAUCAAGAAUCGGGGAUGAGGAAGAAACUGACAGGGGUGAAGUGGGAGAUCAUGGUGAAAAGAAUGGGACUGCAACCGGUGGAUCAACGACUGAAGAUGGAGAUGCACAGUUAGAUGGGUGGGAUUGGGAACACAUAAUGGAAGGGUUAUGAAGUGGGGUUAAUGGCUGAAAGCCUGAAACACUAUACUACAAAAAAAAUCGACAGACAUAACGUUUUUAGUUGUAUUUUCUUUUAAUAAUAUUGUUUUAGCAGUUGGCUAGAGCUACAUUGUUCUAUAUAUAAGCUAGGAUUUUUAGCCAAGAAGACAUAAUAGUCCGACAGUUUUCGUACUUUUUACAGCUUUGCUAUUUGCAUUCCAAAAUCACAAUCCAACCGAGUUUGGGUUUCUCUCAAAGCAUCUGCCACCUACUAUGAGCUAUAUCAUAGUUAGAUUUUACUGACGUUUCUCCAAUAAAUAACAAUUUUAGUU